AUGGCAAAGCAAUAUCAUUUGGAGAAUGAAGUGAAGAAAGUUAAAGAGAUCGUGGCACCACAAGGUGAAGAGACUCCUGAUGAGAUCACGCUUAAGACAGCUCCUGCUGAUUUCCGUUUCCCGACAACAAACCAAACAAGGCAUUGUUUCACACGUUACAUCGAGUAUCACAGAUGUGUAGCUGCUAAGGGUGAUGAUGCUCCAGAAUGCGAGAAGUUUGCAAAGUUUUAUCGAUCUCUUUGCCCCAGCGAAUGGGUUGAUAGGUGGAACGAGCAAAGAGAGAAUGGAACUUUCCCUGGUCCUCUUUAAUAAGACAACUCCUUUGCCUCAAGAAGAAUCAUUUAUCUUUCCUCUUUUGCUUUCUUUGCAGAGUUUCAAUAAAAUGUGAGAAUUCAACAAUUUUUUUUAUGAUUUUUAAUUUUAUCUAAUAUAUGAUCAAGUUUUGAGGAUC